CAUGUGUCACUAGUGUCAUCGCCUUAUGAUUGAAUAAUAAAUCGCAUGCCGGAUUUUCCGCUUAAAACUCCUUUUUAUUAACGAUCUUACAAAAAUGACUUCUAUAAUAGUAGCAAGAGCUUUAGCACCAGUCGUCCACAAUUCCCUCAAACAACUCUUCUCGAAAUCGCCCAGAAUACGCAAUUACUCCAAAUGCCUACAAGUAGCCACCGUGAAUUACAACCAGAAGCGAUUGUACGCCGAGAAAAAGACCUUCGAAAGAACCAAACCCCAUUGUAACGUAGGCACGAUAGGCCAUGUAGACCACGGCAAAACCACUCUCACGGCCGCCAUCACCAAAGUCCUCUCCGAGCAGAAACUGGCCAAAGCCCGAGGCUACCAAGACAUCGACAACGCUCCGGAGGAGAAGGCCCGAGGCAUCACCAUCAACGUAGCCCACAUCGAAUACCAAACGGAGAGCAGGCAUUACGGGCACACCGAUUGCCCCGGCCACGCCGACUACAUCAAAAACAUGAUCACGGGGGCCGCCCAAAUGGACGGCGCCAUCAUGGUGGUCGCCGCCACCGACGGCGUGAUGCCCCAAACCAGGGAGCAUUUGCUGCUCGCCAAGCAAAUCGGCGUCAACCACAUCGUUGUCUUCAUCAACAAAGUCGACGCGGCCGACAAAGAGAUGGUGGAAUUGGUCGAAAUGGAAAUCAGGGAGCUGCUCACCGAGAUGGGCUUCGACGGCGAGAACAUCCCCAUCAUAGCCGGGUCGGCUUUGUGCGCUCUGGAAGGGAAAAACCCGGAGAUUGGGUCCGAGGCUAUUAUGAAGCUUCUCAAAGAAGUCGAUGCUUACAUCCCGACGCCUGUAAGAGAAUUAGAUAAGCCGUUUUUGUUGCCUGUAGAACACACUUACUCGAUCCAAGGUAGAGGUACCGUUGUAACGGGACGUUUGGAAAGAGGUGUGUUAAAGAAAGGGGCCGAAUGCGAGUUUGUCGGUUACAAUAAAGUCUUGAAAAGCACCAUAACGGGUGUCGAAAUGUUCCAUCAACUUUUAGACGAGGCUCAUGCCGGUGAUCAAAUUGGAGCUCUAGUCAGAGGGCUCAAAAGAGACGACAUUAAAAGAGGUAUGAUAAUGGCUAAACCUGGUACAGUCAAGAGCCACGAUCACCUAGAAUCCCAAGUCUACGUGCUGAGCAAGGAAGAAGGCGGUCGAAGCAAACCUUUUACAUCUUACAUUCAGUUACAAAUGUUCAGCAGGACGUGGGACUGCGCCGUACAAGUUAUAGUACCCGAUAAGGAGAUGGUUAUACCUGGUGAAGAUUCAAAGUUAGUCCUUAAAAUGAUAAGGCCUAUGGUAAUAGAAGAAGGACAAAGGUUUACCCUUCGAGACGGUAGUCAAACUUUAGGAACAGGAGUUGUCACGAAGACUUUACCUCGUUUAUCCGAGAACGAUAGAUUAUCACUUACCGAAGGCAAGAAGGCUAGAGAGAAGAAAGCGGCUGCAGAAUCGAACCCUACAGCUAAAUAAUUUGGUACAUAUUAAAGUGUUAAAUAAGGUUUGAAGCGAUUUUUCUAUCGAAAGAUUCGUUGCAUAUAGGAUUCUUAGUAAGUCUUAUUAUUUUUUACCAAACGUAUGAAUAAUUUUUUGUUACUUUGUGUUAUUCGCCGAUGUCGAUUCUUCAAGCAUCGUAUGCAAAUAUUCAAUUACAUUUAUGUGUAAUGUACGACUAAUAUUAAACUUUUGAAUUAUA